CUAAAAAUGUCUAUUCAGCUGCCAUUUGGCUUUAGAAGCACCUAAUAUGGUAACAUUUUUACUGGUAGAAACACAUCUACCGAGAGCUGUACUUGGUGCAGAUGAAUCAGGGUGAUAGAAGUUGGAAGAAAGGAGAACUUAAAUGCCUGCCUUUGCUCUGUUUUCUGAUGCAGAGUUGCUCUGAACUGUGCCAGACUGCAGCAUCCUCACACCAGCUGCUCAGUGCCCGGCUGUACCUGGAGUGCAGCAUCAUCGGCCAAGCUUUUUUCUUCCCAUCUGCCAGCAGACCCCAGCUUACUGAGGAUGCUGAAGUGAUAAAGAUCAUCGUCUUCCAGGGAAAUUGCUGGUUAGAUGACAAUGCGAUUCUCACCAAGUUCAAGCCGUCGUGGUCAGAAGGGGAAGAAUGCAAUGGACCUUUAUGUGAGACUAUUUCAACUGCAGGAUCAGAAGUCCCAAGCAGCUCUGAGGGCCUAAACAGCACUGAGACUACUUUACUCAUCCCUGAACAUCAAGUGAUUGAUAAAAGACAUCAGAGCAAAGAUUCUAUUUUCUUCAGGGAUGGUGUCAGGAGAAUUGAUUUUGUUCUUUCCUAUGUGGAUGAUCUUAAUAAGGAAUGGGAAAAAAAGUUGGAAAGAAGAAAAGAAUUUGAGAGCAAUCUGCAAAAAGCUGGUUUGGAACUAGAAACAGAAGACAAGAAGGAAUCUGAAGAUGGCAAGAUUUAUUUUGUGAAAAUCCAUGCCCCAUGGGAGGUUCUGAUCACAUAUGCAGAAGUGCUGAACAUUAAAGUUCCCAUCAAGGAAAAUGACAUUCCCUCAACUGUGGAGAACCCCCUGGACUGUAUGCUUGCACCGCUCAGGCUCCCUGAGAAGGUGAUGCACCCUGAACCGGAUUAUUUCACAGCACCAUUCAGCAAGGACAAGCAGGAGCUGUACCUCAUUAAUGACGAGAGCACUUUCUUCUCACCAUCCAUGAGAAACAGAAUAGUUAAUUAUAUUCUUACACGUUGCCCAUAUGGAACAGAAGAAGGGAAGAAAAAAUUUGGGAUUAAGAGACUGCUAAAUAAUGGCACCUAUUCAGCUGCAUAUCCUCUUCAUGAUUAUUUGAGUCUGUCGAUGAGGUGUUUUGCCUUUACUCUGAUUUGCUCGCAGUGCCAGUACUGGAAAAAGGCAAAUGAUCCAAACUGUGACAAUGAGAGAUACACGCUGUACAUGGAGUGGGCCCGUUUCUUGCGGUUCUACAAAGAGCAGCCUUUGGACCUCAUCAGGAAGUACUAUGGUGAGAAGAUUGGAAUCUAUUUUGCCUGGCUAGGAUUUUACACUGAGAUGUUAUUCCUUGCAGCAGUUGUUGGCUUAAUCUGUUUUCUUUAUGGCUUGUUUACAAUGGAUGAAAAUAUGAGCAGCAAAGAAAUCUGUGACCCUGCAAUUGGAGGAGAGAUCAUCAUGUGCCCUCUUUGUGACCGCGAGUGUGAGUACUGGAGACUGAACACGACCUGUCAGUCCUCAGAGUAUUCCCAUUUGUUUGACAACGUGGCAACUCUUUUUUUUGCCAUUUUCAUGGGCAUAUGGGUUACACUUUUCUUGGAGUUUUGGAAGAGACGGCAAGCCAGACUGAAAUAUGAGUGGGAUCUGGUUGAUUUUGAAGAGGAACAGCAACAACUCCAGCUGAGGCCUGAGUACGAGGCAAAAUGUACCCAAAAGAAGAAGAAUCCUGUAACUCAGGAGAUGGAGCCUUAUUUGCCUGUAACUAGCCAGGCUGUGCGGUUCUGCAUCUCGGGAACUACAGUGUUGUUCUGGGUGUCUCUGAUUAUAGCUAGCAUGAUAGCUGUGAUCGUGUAUCGUCUUGCGGUGUAUGCUGCCUUUGCCAGCCUGAUGGAGAACACUCAAACUUUACAGCCCAUCAGCGGAUUAUUGACCCCACAGCUGGCAACUUCAGUCACAGCCUCAUGCCUGAAUUUUGUCAUCAUCAUGAUACUGAAUUUCUUAUAUGAGAAAAUAGCCAUCUGGAUUACUGAUAUGGAGAUUCCCAGAACGCAUAUGGAGUAUGAGAACAGGCUCACUAUGAAAAUGUUUUUGUUCCAGUUUGUCAACUACUAUUCAUCCUGCUUCUAUGUGGCCUUCUUCAAAGGGAAGUUUGUUGGUUACCCAGGUGCCUAUACAUACAUGUUUAAUCGUUGGCGAAAUGAAGAGUGUGAUCCUGCGGGCUGUUUGAUAGAAUUGACGACACAGCUCACCAUAGUCAUGGCUGGCAAACAGAUCUGGGGAAAUAUCCAAGAGGCCAUUGUACCCUGGAUUUGUAACUGGUGGGGACGCCGGAAAGCCAGAAAUAAUCCAGAAAAUUUAUACAGUCGCUGGGAGCAAGACCAUGAUCUGCAGAUAUUUGGAGCCUUAGGCCUAUUCUAUGAGUAUCUAGAAAUGGUCAUUCAGUUUGGAUUCAUUACUCUCUUUGUGGCGUCCUUUCCCCUGGCUCCCCUUCUUGCUCUGAUGAAUAAUAUCCUGGAGAUUCGAGUAGACUCCUGGAAGUUAACCACUCAGUACAGGAGACCUGUGGCUGCGAAAGCACAUAGCAUAGGAGUUUGGCAAGAAAUCCUGAAUGGAAUGGCCAUCUUGUCUGUUGUCACUAAUGCUUUUAUUGUUGCGUUCACAUCAGAUAUGAUUCCUCGUUUAGUUUACUACUAUGCUUAUUCUGAAAAUGAAGACUCGCCUAUGUCUGGGUACAUAAACAAUAGUUUGUCAGUGUUUCAAAUCUCAGAUUUUCCUGACAGAAACAAGCCUAAACUGAAUCCGGAAAACUUUGUCAUAUGCAGGUACAGAGACUAUCGAUAUCCUCCGGAUCAUGAGAGGAAAUAUUUACACACUAUGCAGUUCUGGCACAUUCUUGCUGCAAAACUGGCCUUUAUAAUUAUUAUGGAGCAUGUUGUAUUCAUCGUCAAAUUCUUUGUAGCAUGGAUGAUUCCUGACGUCCCUGCAGAUGUGAAAGCCAAAAUAAAACGUGAAAAAUAUUUAACACAGAAAAUCCUCCAUGAGUAUGAACUUGAAAAACUGAAGGAGAGACUGUGUCAAGGUGAUAAACGAGCCACAGAAAAGGAGUUCAUCGCCACAGAAGGGAGGAUGGAGUUAUCCAGAGCAAUGUAGUUGGAAAAAACAACUGUUUGGGAUUUAGCUCAUUUUAGCUUUUUUUAUCUGUGAUUUGCUCAGUACGCAUCAUCUUGAAAACUAUAGGACAGUUUCAACCCUUUGCUUUCAGUCCAAAGAUUUUAGACUUUAAAAAAAGUCUUACUGAGCAUUCUAGGUUUAGUAAAUCUACUUAACUGUAUGACUUCAGCACUGUUUUCUAUUUACCCAUCACUUUGAAUAAUAAGUGUAAUCUUGUAAUCCUAGAGUUCGGAUUCCCAGUAUAGGGAAUGUUACCCUCAAAGGGCUCGCAGGAUAUGAUAAGGUCAUUAACACCAAGCCCUCCCUCUGUUGCUAAAUGCAAAGUUCCAGGCUGUAUCCCAGCUGAAUGAAAAGGAUAUCAUAGAGGACUCCUGCUGUGGAAAAUGCUGAGAGUUAUUAUUGUUAUGACAUGAUCAUUUAAACAGGAGAACACUCCUGAUACAGCAGUUAGGGUUUGGGGCUUUUUUUUAUAUCCAUUAGUUCUUAUGAAACAUUUGUUUGCAGCUUUGAACUUCUAUACACUUUUUAGAAGGAAUUGAUUUUUAAAGAUAUAUUGGCUUAAUUCCAGUUGGAAUUAUUUAUAGGCACAGUCUUCAGUUAAUACAUACUAAUGAAGGAAAAAAGAACCUGUAAUUUAUUUUCAUAAAGAUAUGAUCUGCCAAAGAGUUUGCUCUUUAAAUGCAAAUAUUGUGGAAUCAUCUAAUUAGUGUUUUUUGAAAAGGUGUAUACAAUUUGGAGAAGUACAGCUAAUUUAUUUCUCAAUCUCAAAAACUGCCACUGGAAGAUCAUACGUGAUGUUAGUUUUGGCCAAAGCUCCUUCUUCAUUUGGAUUCUUUGUUUGGAUUCUCUGUGAAUGCCAACAAAGGGCUAAAGCUGUGUGUCUGUACUUGAUGCACACUAUGGAGUAUGACUGCACAGUGCAGUGGAUUGGGAGCUGCACUGCCAUACUAAUUGAUCUAGCCAGAUGGUUUGUACGUGGAUUUGUAGUCAGAAGGUUUUAAGCAUGCCAAAUAAUCUCUGUUUACAUUGUUACUGUCCUUAUACAUAGGAGCCUGGGGUUUUUGUUUUGGUUUUUUUUCUUUUUAAUCUUUAAGAAGGAAUUUUUUUUCUGUUUUGUCAUGGGGCUUUUCUACCGUUAUCAAGUUUAUAAAUAUAUAAUAACUACUUGUGCAAAGUAGCUACCAGCUGUUUAUGAAUGUGCCCUCAUUUUAUAAUUUGAAGCAGUUAGGCAUUUUUAUGAUUUUGCUGUAUAUUUAAAACAUAUCAACACUUCCAUGCUUAGUGCCUUGUUUAUUUGCAUUUGGCAAAAGAUGUGAAGAUGAUCACUAUGUGGAAAUCAGUAUUUCCAAAGUGUGCUUGCAGGCAUCGUGAUACUGUGAACCUGCACACAUAGCUGUACAGUGUUAGCCAAACCAUGCCUGCCUUGGCACACUUCUGUUUUAGUACUAUGUGAACUGUUCACGGGGAGCAGUUCAUACCGAGACUGCUUAGAUAAAGUAGCACCAGACUGUUGAGUUCUCUCAUGCUGAACUACACUAGCUAGAGAGAUUAGAAAUUUUACUAUAUUUGCACUUUGAAAGUUAUACUUCCUUGCAAGUAUACACACAAAAAUACAGAUUUGUAUUCCAUAUCAGCCAAGUGAGGUACUGUUUACUAGAUCCACAACUUAAGGUUUCCGUAUUUUGUUUUAGCAGACCUAGCCUACGUCUUGGAAUACUUGGCUAGUAACCUUAAUGUUGUAGCAGAGUUUUAAAUCAAUGUCUUGAGUGGAACUGUCAUUAUUAGCAAAGGUUUUCACAUUGAAGUGCCUACCUCGAACAAGCAUCACGUGGUUUGGCUGUCAGUCAAGGAGUUGAAGCAGAUGUACAUUUCUCAUUACUGUAAGUUAUUCAGCUUCCUUCUGUAAGUUUGCUUGAUAAAUCAGGCAAGUUGGCAAUUCAUGUUCAUGAUGAACUGACCAUGUUCUUGAAUAUUCAGAUACAUUUGAAGCAAUGGAUUUAUUGGAGGAAUGCAUGUAUAAAUAAAUUAGCUCUGCUGCUUAAUGUAUAAGCCAAAGAAGAGUAUCAGUCACCAUAAUUAUAUAUGCGACACCAGAAUUUACACAACGCAAGCACUCCGCUGCUUCUCACACGUAUACUGUUAACUAAACUGCUUAACUUAGAUUUCACAGGUUUUUUUACUGUUAGCAAUGCAAACAAUUGCUUCAAACAGUAAGGUGAUGAGAUGCAAAAUGAUAUUUCUAUGCAAAAUGUACAAUCUGAUUGAAGCUGAAAACAGAUUUGAAAAUUCAGCAUUAGAUGCACUAUUCCUGCUUACAAAACGUGAGUUUCUUCAGGUCCUGUAAUAAAGUGUCCUAAUAUACUACACUUGAAAAGAUGUCGCCAAAAUAGAUGUAUUGUGAAUGACUAAUGCUAUUUAAAAGCAAGAUGGAGGAAAACAAGGAGAUACCUUAGUUUCAGAUACAAUGUUGAUAUGCAGAAGCUCCGCAGGCAGACCCUGAAUUUGAAUUGAUCCCUACAUCUUGCUUCUUUCCAACUUAUUUUUUGAGGUCACUUCCUAUUUAAUGCUAUGCAAACAGAUGGUUUGCAUAUAUUGUAUCAUACAGUAGAAAGUGGAAAAAAUCUGGGAUCAGCUUAUUUAAAAAUAAAUAUAUGUAUCUUUAAAAUAUAUCGUUACACUUCAUAGCAUUACUUCUUCAUAUAUAGAAACUGUUGAAAAAAGAAUGUGUUGUCAUAUUAAGAGCUAACGUCACAUAACAAAAUAAGUCUAACACCUCUUUACAUAAGAGUUUGCCUUUACUUGUCAUUAAGCAGUAUUUUGACAAAAGAUUAUUAGUAUGAUUAGGAUUAUAAUGGUUCACAUACAUAUACAUUUCCUGAAGUGUUCUUGGAAAGUGACAAAAAUAAGACAAAUGAACUGGUCGGUUUGGGGAUGUGCUUAUUCUUACUGUUGGAAUAUUUGGUUUUGAUGUGUUUAAUAUAAGUAUCUAAAAGUGUCCUUCAACCAAAGUGAAGAUAGUUCUGUGUUGGAACUACUCUACUUUAAGCAACAGUAGAUUGCUUCAUUAGAAUUAGUUAGAAAAAGAAAAUUGGCCUUUCAAGUGUAAUACAAUCAGGGAUUUUUAAAUUUUUUUUUUCCCUCAAUUUAAAACUUAGUAUUUUUACCUUGGAAAGAUUUAGCGUGGUAUGUUCUAAGCAAAUGACUGCAAGAUGAGAGUGCCACUAUAAGACACUAUACUGUUUUUUCUAGAAGAUUUUGUUAUUAUGCUUUUACUUUUUUAUGUAAUACUAUCAGUUUGAGAACAACAGAAUGGAGUGAAAAUAGAUGGACUUUCCUACUGUUCUAUGUGUACUGCUUGUUUUGACUUGUACUGUUAUGUAAUCUGAGUGGCAUUUUUGUCUGCUAAGUAUGUUGCUGAUUUACAUGAUACACUAGCGUUGGAAUAAUUUUUUUAAACAUUGCAUUCAGCUAACUUAUAUAUGUACAUUUAAUAAGAUCUAGAUCUGGCAAAUAAAGCAGUGUUUAUUUUUAA